AGUAAUUCGCUGUUGCAGUAUAAACAAAACUUCCUGGAAAACUUCCUUUGGUCUGAUUUGCAUUAGCGAAGAAAUGCGUUUUUUAAUUUUUCUUUCUUCCCUUAGCUUGUAGUUUAAAAUGGAAAGUUAUAAAGAGCAGUUAAAAGCCGUCAAUGACGCUUUAGACGUUGUUACCAAUCAAGCUGAUCGCGAACAAUUAGAAUCUCUGAAGAAAGACAUACUGGAACUUAUUGCGCUAACGGAGGAGUUUGAGACAAAAUCAGAGGAAGUAAAACAACAACCGGCGACGGAAUGUGCGGAUACGAAUAUGGAAAAUGAGUUGAAACAAUUUCUAACUGAAAUUGAUAGUUUAAAUAAUGACAAGGAUAUAAAAGAUUCCAGUGAAACAAGCCAAUCAAACGCAGCUAAUAGUGAAGAAAGUGAAGAGAACAUUGCCAACGAAGUUCAAUUUGACGUCAAUGAUGAAAUUGUACAACUAAAAUUCCAGGAGCUUAAAACAAAAUUGGAAGGUAUGGUUGGAGAAAAAUGCUCAGCACCACAUGAACAUAAUUGGGGUGCAACAAGCUACCACAAUGCUAUUAUUUGUGGUGUUGAGGAUGCUAUGGAGAUAUCUGCAACUGGCAAAUUGGACAUGCAAUUACGCGUACUGUUUACAAAUCCAACUCAUCGAGAAAUGUUACCGUGCCGCUUCUUUCUUGAAGGACAUUGUAAAUUCGAUGAUGCACAAUGUCAUUUUUCACAUGGUGAACUUGUGUCGGCUACUGCAAUUCGCGAAUAUGCCGAACCAAAAUUUGACACUUUGGCACGUAAUUGUUACGUGUUGGCAAAAUUAGAUAAUGGACUAUGGCAUAAGGGACGAGUGUUAUGUGUAAAUUUCGUUGAAAAAGAAUGUCGUGUGCGUUUGGAUGGAAAUGCAAAUAAGCAGCGGGAAAAUGAUUUUAAAUUUGAAGAUUUAUUACCCAUUUAUCAAGAUACAGAAAUCUCUAGCAGCGAAUCUGAAAGUGACACAGACAGCACUGAGCUAGACGAAUUAGAGAAAGCACGACAAGCCAGCUUAAUAGAACGUAGUUUAUUUACAUUGUCGCCCACACAGCGUUUAGGGGAGUGGGAAAAGCAUACGCGGGGCAUUGGUUCUAAGUUAAUGGAAAAAAUGGGUUAUGUUAUUGGUACAGGUCUUGGCUCGGAUGGUGGUGGAAUUGUGGUACCGAUUUCUGCUCAAGUACUGCCUAAAGGCUGUUCACUAGAUUAUUGUAUGAAUUUACGUGAGGCUAACAAUGGAAAUGAAAGUUUCUUUCAAGUGGAAAAAAAAUUACUGCGUGAACAAAAAAAACAAGAAGCACUUAACCUGAAAGCUUAUGAACGCGAAAAGCAGCGCGUAGAUGUUUUUAACUUUCUAAAUGAUAAUAUAUUAGCUGGAAUUAGUCAAGAUAAUGCUACUGACAAAAAAAGUACAAAAUCAAAUGAUAAAAAGUCAAAACUUUCCAAUCAAACUACAAAGGCACUUAACGUGGAAAGCGUAAUUAACUCGGAUAAUAUACGCAAAAAAGAAAGUGAGCUAGCUAAACUUAAAGAAAUGAUGUCUAGAAAUAAAACAAAUAGUGAAGUUCUUAAGCGUUUAGAGCCUCAAUUCAAUGCAAAAACCCGGGAACUGGACGCUUUGCGACAAGAAAACAAAAAAUUAUCUGUUGAACUCAAUUCACGCAAAACGAAGGAUGAGCUACGCUUUUUCUAAUGUUUUUGCUAUUUUUUAUUAACAUAUAAGCUUAGUAUUUAAGUGUUGAAAAUAUUUAUAUAAAAACAUAUUGUUAAUAUAAUGUCAAAAUACAACUACUUCUUAAGAAAUCUCUAGACCUUGGAAUUAUAUCAAUAAGAUUGCAUAGAAUAAAAGAUU